UUAUAUUAUCCUGCUUGUCUACAUGUUUCAGGCUCUGCAGUACCUGCGGAAGCUGUGUAACCACCCCAGCCUGGUCUUGACGCCUCAGCAUCCAGAAUACAAACGUAUCACUGAGCAGUUGACGGAUCAAAACUCCAGCCUCCGGGACAUUCAGCAUGCACCCAAACUCUCUGCUCUCAGACAGUUGUUGUUGGACUGUGGCCUCGGUUGUGGAGGAGGAACAGAGGGGGGCACUGAAGCGGUGGUGGCCCAGCAUCGUGUGCUCAUUUUCUGUCAGCUGAAGAGCAUGCUGGACAUUGUGGAGCACGACCUGCUGAAACCCAAACUGCCGACAAUCACCUACCUGAGGCUGGACGGCAGCGUGCAGGCCGGCCUGCGCCACUCCAUCGUUUCCAGGUUUAACAAUGACCCUUCCAUUGACGUGCUGCUCCUGACCACCCAUGUUGGUGGUCUUGGUCUGAACCUGACAGGAGCUGACACUGUGGUGUUUGUAGAACACGACUGGAACCCCAUGAGGGACCUGCAGGCCAUGGACCGCGCACAUAGGAUAGGACAGAAACGGGUCGUGAACGUGUACAGGCUCAUCACUCGGGGAACUCUGGAGGAGAAGAUUAUGGGUCUGCAGAAAUUUAAGAUGAGCAUCGCCAACACCAUCAUCAGCCAGGAAAACGCCAGCUUGCAGAGCAUGGGCACAGACCAGCUACUCAACCUCUUCACUCUGGACAAGGAUGAGAAGGGAGAGAAGGGUGAGCAGGUGCCGUCGACCUCAGGGAAGACCUCCAUGAAGUCUGUGCUGGACGGCCUGGGAGAGCUAUGGGACCAGCAGCAGUACGACACGGAGUACAACCUGGACAGCUUCAUGCACUCCCUGCAGUAGCAUCCCACGCGGCCUCCGUGUGCCGACCAAGCAGGACCUGGUCAGAGCCUGAGGAGGAACCCCACUGGUGCGGUCACCUGCCCCAAUCCCACACUUACACCUUCAGAAAGCCAUGAGGAGUCACUCAUGGGUAACCGUUACAGUACAUGUCCCAAAGCAAUAACCAAACACAGCCAAAAUAAGAACUUAAUCCUCAUGUUAGUGCACACACAUGCUGUCAGUCACAGUGUUGAAGCAUUUUCUUCCUCUGACAUCCCAUAAUUCCUUCAAAGCCUUUACAAAACUACAAAUAGAAUCUAAAGUAUGAUGACGAUGUACUGUUAGCAACAAAUGUCUUCAGUGUUAGUUAAAAGUAGCCUCAGCUCUGUUCAGUGAUGUUCCUCUGCUCUUAAUGUGCAUUAUACUUAUACUUUACAGUUACAGCACCUGGUGCUACGUUCACAACCCACUUUUUCCCCUUGCCAGAGUAUACAGUGUUAACUGCUUCAGACUCCAUUACCCAGCUGCCCCUCUACCCCCAUCACCAAGUCUUAAAAGCACUGCUGCGCCCACACACUCCUGUCAACACCUGGAUACAAACACUAUGGCAAAAGGACACGGGGCGAGAGCGCCAAGCUCACCGGAGGAACCACACGUCAUCGGUUUUCUGGAUUUUUAUAGCACCACUGGAGCUUGACAUGACUCCCUUCCUCCAGGUGGCGCUAGUUUUUACUAUGUCAGGAGAAUCCAUUCUCAUGACCUGUGGCCGUCAGAGGCUCCGGUGGAGAAUUGAUGUGUGUGUGUUGACAAGUGUAGAAAAGAGAAAUGGUGUGGGAGAGUUCUGGACUUUAAGCAGCAUUACAGAGACUGAAGCUGGUACCUGAAACUUGUCACAAGUAUUUUAAAAGAAUAAUAGACUUGUACAUAUUUCUGUAAUUGCUGCUUUUUGUUUAUGAUCGUGGAAUUGUAAUAAAUUCUACAAACCUUUGAA